AAGAGGCAAGGGGCGGGCGUAGAGACUUCCUGCAGACGGGCACGGGCGGGCACCUGGCAACGGCCGCCGAGCUGCCGGGAUGAACGUCGGCGUGGCUCACAGCGAGGUGAACCCCAACACGCGGGUGAUAAACAGCAGAGGCAUCUGGGUGGCCUACGGCAUUUCAGUGGGCGUCCUGCACGUGGUGCUACUCAGCAUCCCCUUCUUCAGCGUGCCCGUGGUCUGGACGCUCACCAACGUCAUCCACAACCUGGUCAUGUACAUGUUGCUGCAUGCCGUGAAGGGAAUGCCCUUCGAGACUCCAGACCAGGGCAAGGACCGGCUCCUUACACACUGGGAGCAGAUAGACUACGGAAUGCAGUGCACGGCGGCAAGCAAAUUCCUCAGCAUUUCCCCCGUGGUGCUAUGAGUGCUGCUUACCUGGGCAGGAUAGUGCUGGGCGAGCC